AUGUCUGAGGGAGCAUUGAAGCCCGAGAAGGACUUCUCCAAGGAGGUCGACAAGCAGCUUCCCGAGGCCGAAGCUCUGGCCAAGUCGAACCUCCAAGGGGCCAUUGAGAAGCUCACCGCACUCGAGAAGCAGACCCGUCAGGCUUCCGAUCUAGCAUCCACAUCGCGCGUCCUCGUCGCCAUCGUGACACUAUGCAAAAAUGCCGGCGACUGGAGCCUGAUGAACGAUCAGACGCUGGUGCUGUCCAAGAAGCACAGUCAGCUCAAGCAGGCCAUCACCAAGAUGGUCCAGACUGUUGUUGGCUUUCUCGAUGCGACACCAGACCUCAAGGCGAAGCUCUCCGUCAUCGAGACGCUGCGGACGGUCACUGAGGGCAAGAUCUUUGUUGAAGUGGAGCGGGCCCGUGUGACCAAGAUUCUGUCCGACAUCAAGAAGACGCAGGGCGAUCUCAAUGCGGCCACCGAGAUUCUCUGCGAGCUGCAGGUCGAGACCUUUGGGUCUAUGGACCGACGAGAAAAGACCGAGUUUAUCCUGGCUCAAGUCGCCCUCUGCAUUGAGAGCGGAGACUGGACACAGGCCGGCAUUCUCGCCCGCAAGAUUAGCACCAAAUAUCUGGCGCGAAAGCCCAAGAAGACGGCUGAGCAGCUAGAAAAGGAAAAGAAGGACCACUUGAAGCUGCGCUUCUACGAGCAGCAAAUCACUCUCGCCAAGCACGACGACAAGUACCUCGAUGUCUGCAAGCACUACCGGCAAGUGCUCGACACGGAGGCGGUUGAGGAUGAUCCCGCCAAGCUUCACCCUACCCUCCAGCGCAUCAUCUACUUCGCCAUUCUGGCCCCCUACGACAACGAGCAACAUGACCUCCUCCACCGUAUCCACCGCGACACUCGAAACUCCCAGAUCCCUCUAGACGCCGAGCUUCUCCGGCUCUUCACCGUUCACGAGCUGAUGCGGUGGCCCGAGAUUGCGAAGAAGUUUGGCCCGCACCUGUGCAGCACCGACGUCUUCGACGCCCAAUCGGGCCAAUCGUCGGACGAGAAGGCUCAUCAGCGGUGGGAGGACCUUCGGAAACGUGUCAUUGAGCACAACGUGCGCGUGGUGGCAGAAUACUACACGCGCAUCCAAAUGAAGCGCCUCACCGAGUUGCUCGACCUGGCCGAGGAUGAGACGGAAAAGUACAUCAGCGAGCUCGUCACUUCCAAGACGGUCUACGCCAAGAUUGACCGGCCUGCCCGGGUUGUUAGCUUUGCCAAGCCCAGGGAUGCGGAUGAUAUCCUCAACGAAUGGAGCCACAACAUGAAGAGCCUGCUGGGGUUGUUGGAGAGGAUCGACCACCUCAUCACCAAGGAAGAAAUGAUGGCGCGCAUCCAGCCUACCAGCACGAAGUAG